AUGUGCUUGAGUUUGUUCGCGUUUUGUGCGAUAGGGAUUGUCGCGUGCGAGAACGUUAAUAUAGGCGCGGUCUUCGAGGGCGACGAGGGCGUCGAGGCGGCGUUCAAAUUCGCCGUGAAAAAUUUAAACGAUGACAAUCCGGACGCCGAGUUCACGUUCGACCCGCUGGUGUACGAUAAUUUCGCCGACGGGGACCAGUUCGUGUUGAUGCGAAAUGUUUGUUCGAUCAUAGACGAGGGAGUCGUCGCGAUAUUCGGCCCGCGUUCCUACCGGAAUAUCGACGUCGUCCAAUCCAUUUGCGAUGUGAAGGAAAUUCCUCACAUAAUCACCAGAUGGAAGAGCUACUACAUAGACGGCGACAAGACCAUCGUAAAUUUCUACCCCGAUUCGAGCACCCUGUCGAGGGCCUACUACGACAUUAUCACGAAUAUGGGCUGGAAAACGUUCACGGUACUCUACGAAGGCGAUGAGAGUUUGUUGAGAAUUAAAAGUCUCGUGGAGACUGCGCACCAGGAUGGAGUAGUAACGCAAAUGAUGCAGUUGGAUCCGUUUUACACGGGAAAUUUUAGAGAUACCAUGAGAGACUUGAAGAAAACGCAACAGAAAUCGGUUGUAAUAGACUGCCACAUAGACAGUCUUUUCCAAGUAUUAACCCAAUUACAACAAGCCGGUUUAAUGAACGAGCAAUACAGUUACUUCAUAACCAAUCUGGAUACUCAUACUGAAAAUUUAAUGCCAUUUAAAUACAGCAAUGCUAAUAUAACUGGGAUCCGUCUGGUGAAUCCCGACUCUGAGUACGUUCAAAAAGUAAGCAGCGACUUGCUAUCGGAAAAUUUAAAUUUCCUGGAAUCCCCCGCUUGGAAAAUUCGACUGGAGCAAGCCUUAACCAUCGACGCCGUGAACAUGCUCGCGGCCGUGGUGAUCGACAGGCAAAAAUCGAGCGAUGUGAGGAUAAUAACCAACAAAAACAGCCUGCUCUGCGCUGAGCCGGACAGUUGGGAGCACGGUUUGAGCAUCGUUAACUUACUAAAAUCCUAUCCCCACGAUGGUCUAACGGGAAGAGUGAUAUUCGACAAUCAAGGAUACCGGAGCGAUUUGAUACUAACCAUAUUCGAGUUACUGGAAGGCGGUAUAACGGAUGUGGGUGUGUGGAGUUCCAGUUAUGGAUUGAACGCUUCCAGACCUGGAGAUGUUAGUGGCAUCGAUGAUCCGGAGAGUAUGAGAAAUAAAUCUUUCGUCGUCGAAAUUGCUCUGACUGAACCCUACGGGAUGUUAAAGCAAACAACAGAUCAUCUGUAUGGCAACGACAUGUACGAAGGUUACGCUAUUGAUCUGAUUGAGAAAUUAGCGGAAAUGGAGGGUUUCAAUUACACUUUUGUGGUAAGAGAGGAUAAAAGUAGCGGUUCUUUCGAUAAAAAAACUCAAAAGUGGGGUGGAAUGAUAGGAGAUCUUCUUGAUAAAAAAGCCGAUUUAGCUAUUUGCGAUUUUACAAUUACAUCUGACAGAGAAGGAGCUGUAGAUUUCACAGUACCAUUCAUGUCUCUAGGUAUCAGCAUCCUAUUCAGGGAACCGGAAUCCGCUCCUCCGAGUUUCUUCUCCUUCGCCGAUCCCUUCGCAUUGGAUUCCUGGAUGCUGUUGGGCGUCUCGUUCGUGACCGUAUCGCUGUGCUUCUACUUCACCGGGAGAAUUUGCUCCGACGAAUGGACGAAUCCUUUUCCUUGCAUCGAAGAGCCGGAGUAUCUGGUGAACCAGUUCAGCCUGAGCAAUUCCUUUUGGUUCGCCACGGGGGCGUUGCUGGCUCAAGGAUCGGAAAUAGCGCCAAUCGCGAUAUCGACGAGAAUGGCUUCGGGAAUUUGGUGGUACUUUUGCCUCAUCAUGAGCGCUUCCUACACGGCUAAUCUCGCUGCGUUUCUGGCUACUGAAAACCCCAUUAAAUUGUUCACUGAUCUCCAAAGCCUCUAUGACAGCCAGGACAUAACUUACGGGGCGAAGGUUAAUGGUGCUACUUUCAAUUAUUUCACGACCGCCAAGGAAGGUUUGCUGCAAAAAGUCGGGAAAGUAUUGUUGGACCAUCCAGAGUACAACGUACUGGAUAACGAUAUAGGUGUGCAAAGAGCUGAGGAUGGGAAAUAUGCUUUCUUCAUGGAGUCUUCUUCUAUAGAAUACGUUACGCAAAGGCAUUGUAAUUUGAUGCAAUACGGAGACCAUUUGGAUGAAAAAGGUUACGGAAUAGCCAUGAGAAAAUAUUCUCCUUAUAGAAAAAAACUAAGUUUAGCGUUAUUGAAACUGCAACAAAAUCAUUUUCUGGAUGAUUUAAAGAAGAAAUGGUGGGAAGAGCGCAGAGGUGGUGGUGCCUGUGAAGGUGUCGUUGAAUCAUCGGAAGCAGAUCCUUUAGAACUGGUAAAUGUGGAAGGAUGCUUUUAUAUGACGGUUUUCGGCACGAUCCUUGCAUUUGGAUUAGUUCUCAUCGAGCAUUUCCUGUAUCUCUUAAGAGUGCGAAGAAGAUCCGGAAUACCUUUCUGGAAGAUAAUUAAGGCCGAAUUAAAAGCAUACAUAAAUUUCAACAGUCCCAGCAAACCUAACUUGGAAGUGUUGAAAAAAAUUCCCGAUGAAGCCGAGGCAGAGGACGAUAAGAAAAGCGAAGAUGAUAAAGAAGAUUCCGAAGAGAAUAGGAGAAAGUCCAAGUCGGCAUCGCAAACAAGGACGUUUACGAGGAGCAGGUCCAAAUCGGUGUCCAGACAGACCAGCCAUUCCAGGAAGAAACGUUCGAAAUCCUCUGGAAAAAGAACGCCUCUAUCGUACGGAUUUAUUAUACCUUCCUCUUUGGAGAAUUUGAAGGAUAUAGAAGAAACAUUUUGA